GUUUCAAAUCUAGUUCUGCCAGAGACUGGUGACUCAUCAAUGUUUUUUAUUGCAAUUGGUUUGGCCAUACGUUUGUCUCCGAUCGGUACGAAGCUAUAUGAAUAAACAGGAAGAAGAGUUUAAUCGCUGUACGGGAUGAAGGAUUCGGGGAUUGGGGAAAGAUAUGCCUGAGGAAAGGGUCGCCCGAAGUGUCUCUUCCACCAUGAGGAAAGAAGUAAGAAUGGAGGGAAUGAUACUUCUGGUGCUUCUGUGUGUACAGGUCUCUGCAGAGUCUCACUUUCUUCAGUACUUGGCCACUGCUCAGACUGCCACCCACCACCUCCCAGGCUUUGUGAUCGUCGGUUAUGUGGACGGUGUCCAGUUUUUUAACUAUGACAGUGAUCAGAAGAGAUUGAUUGCCCAGGGGCAAUGGAUGGUGGAAAAUAAGAAGCCCCCAUUCUGGGAGCAAAGUGCUGUGCUGGCACAGCAGAAGGAGAAACAUUUCGAAACCUACAUUGAGAUGAUAGCAGCGCGGACCAACCAGUCGGGCGGGAUCCACUGGUUCCAGCUAAUGACUGGCUGUGACCUCCGGGAGGAUGGCACCGCAACUGGAUUCUCACAGUUUGGCUGGGACGGGCAAGAUUACAUGAAAUUUGACAAAGAUCGCCAAGACUGGGCCACUACGGUACAAUGGGGAGAGAGCACGAAGAAAUGGUGGGAGAACAUCAGAGCGUGGAAUGAUCAGCACUGGAAGUAUUACUUGGAGGAGGAGUGCAUUCACUGGCUAAACACCUACCUGGACUAUGGACAGCAGAUGCUGAGUACCAUUGCCCCCAUUGUGUCCUUUACCCGUCUGGGUGAUUCUAACCGGCUGUCCUGUCUCAUCACUGGGUUUUACCCCCAAGCCAUCGAGGUGACUCUGUGGCGGGAUGGAGUGUUGGUCGAUGAGACCCUGUCCACUGGGAUCUUACCCAAUCACGACAGGACCUACCAGAUCCGGAAAUGGAUGGAGUUUGAUCCGGAGGAUCAGGCUGAGUAUUCCUGUCAUGUGGAGCACAGUGGGCUGGAGGAGAAGCUGGUGGUGAUUUAUGUGCCAGAGUUUCGCUCCCAGGUAUUUGUUGCUGUUGGGAUUUUACUUGGAGUACUCAUGAUCAUCACAGUCCUUCUCGUAGUUGUCGUCAUCUACAAAGAGAGAGCGAGAAGGAAGAGUGACUAUGUCCCUACACACACUUCUGAUGAUGGGAUGUCCUCAGCCAGUUCCAUUGCCAGUUCCUAAGUGGCCUACCAUAUCCGACUGGGAAUCCACAGACGCCAUUUCCCAAGGUCAGCGGCUGAAGUCAAUGACAGAUUCGUGGAGGAGUGAUUCCUGCUCAAUCUCAAAUUCUGGCAUGUUUUGAAAAUCUGAUUCCAAAUCGUGGCAAUGUUAACAUUUCACUGUGAAGCCCUGACCUGCUAAUGUUUAAGCUGUUUUAUCACGUUUGACCCCCUUCACAGGCUGUUCAUCAGUGGGAUAGUCCCAGAACUCAAAUCGAAUAUCUCUGCACCUUUAGUACUCGAAUAACCCUUUCUUAUAUUAACGGAACAUGGCAAUUCUAGUCGAGACUGAUUUGAUUGAUUGAACCCAAACACUACCUUACUGUGACAUUAUCUGUCCAAAUGCAAGACAGGACCAGACGACAGCAUCUCAGGAUAAAGGGACAUCAAUUUAAAACCGAAUUGAGGAGGAGUAUCUCCUCUCCGAGGCUUUGGAAUUCUUUGCCGCAGAGAGCUAUGGGAGCAGAGUCCUUGUGCAUAUUUAAGGCUAACAUAGAUCUAUUUGGGUGGAAUCAACGUUUAUGGGGAGAAAGGAGGAAAGUCGACGUGAAGAGUGUUCUUCCUACUGAAUAGCAGAGCAAGCUCAAGGAACGGAAAGGAAUACUCCUGUCUCUAUUUGUUACGGUCUUAUAAGCCUUGUAUCACAAGCCCUUCUCCUUGCCCAGGUCAAGUCACAAUCUCGGAAUUUCUUGACUUUGCAUGUUCCCCACGUUCAGUCGAGCGCCCAAUGCUAUGUCUGGCCCUAAAGCAGGGACAUGGUGGUGUGCAGUGCUCCUGUCUGGAAUUCAAGGCUCCACCAUUCUCUCCAGGCCCCUCAGAUUCUCCUCACAUUCUUAUCUUUUUUGAAUAAAAGCAAAGUACUGUGGAUGUUGGAAAUCUGAAGCAAACAAGGGGGGACUCUGGAGAAGCUCAGCCGGUCUAGCAGCAUCUGUGGAGAGAAAAAGCAGAGUUAACAUUUCAAGUCCAAUCUGAUUCUUCAGAACUGGAAAGAUGAAUGGAAUGAAUUCUUCUGUUCGGCAGUAUAGUCAUGUCUCACUCGAGACAUUUAACUCUGUUUCUCUCUCCACGGGUGCUGCCUGAGAUUUUCGAUAUUCUGUGUGUUUGAUUCUUUUCUUUUGCUUUCAGUCGGGCUGCCGGCUUCAUCUUCCAUUCCUGACAGUUUUUUGUUUUUUUUUUUUUUUUUUUUUGUUUUUAAUCUUUUGGGAUCUUCCAAAAUCCCCAGUGUCUAUGAAAUGUUUUGUCAACAAAGGCCUCAAACUAUGUUUGGGUAGCACUGCUAUAUCACCGCGCCAGGGAUGCAGGUUCGAUUCCUCCCUUGAGCGACCACAUGUGUGGUUGUACAUUCUCUCCAGUUUCCUCCAACAGUCUAAAGUUGUGCAGGUUAGGUGGAUUGGCCAUGCUAAAUAUCCCACAGUGUCCAGAGAUGUGCAGGCCAUGUGGAUUAGCUAUGGGAAAUGUGGGUUAACAGGGAUAGGGUAGGGGGUUUGUCUGGGUGGGGUGCUGUCUAGACAGUUGGCAUGGACCCGAUGGGCCGAAUUGCCAGCUUCCACUCUGUAGGAAAUUCUGUGUUUCCCAUCAACUCUCCUUUGGGCUGCUUUAGUGAGGGCAGAACGCAAACAGCGAUUAACACUCAAGUGUGGCGUGACCAAUUCUGAGCCAACAUCAGUGAGAAUUCUUGCUGCUUCUAGCUCCUGGAGAUCAGCUUUCAAGCUGCUUCACUUUCCAUUCCUGACUCUGGAGGCUCAAAGGGCAAGGAGAUUCAUGGGAACAGGGAGAAUAAGGUAGGGGGUUGGAAAAGGAGGGUUCAGCGGUGAGACCUGAGUUGGUGCCCCUUUUCCACCCCACCCCCUCUCCGGGCAUAAUUGGCCCCAAACCCGGCAAGCAGUUUGCCCUUGUUCUUCGGCUGGGAGACCAGCCACGUCUCUUCCCUCCUGGGAAGAGAGUUAACCAAGCUCUUCGUUAAGCUUCUUAAUUGGCCAUUGAUGGUGAAUAUAGAAGUCAGCCAUGGACAUUGACACUGAACUUUAAUCACUGAGUUGGUGAGAAGCUUGUCUGUUGGACCAAAUUGCACAGCUAUUUGCCCUUCCUGACAUCUUCCUCGCAACUUCAAGGGAGUUUGCAAUCACGCAUUAUAAUUCCUGCAUAAGAAUCACCUAUUCAAAUCGCAGCUAGUGAAAACUCUAAUUAAAACUGUCCUGAAAGUCAUUUCACGAGACUGAAGCGUGUAAAUCAGGUGUCGUGAAAUUGAAGGAGUUUGCAAUCGAUCACUUUAUUUAAGUUACUCUUUUUAAUAAGCAAAUGUAGCAAUUUUCAAGUAUUUUAACAGAAACAGCCUGCACAAUAAACCAUUCGGAUGUUUGGUUUGUACUUUU